AGCGCCCGCGCUCAGGUGCCACCGCUGGGAGGGUGACCCGCAGCCCCGGGACCACCCUAGCCCCUUCCGGUCCGGCCGGAAGGGGCUCCUCAACCCUGCGGUGUGACAAAGGAAGUCCCGCCUCUGUAGCGCCACUGACACCGCGGACGCCACCGAGCUCCGAGCCGGUCUCGGAGGGGCGGCCAGGUGAGGACCUCCAUUUGGUUCUGGAGCUGCCAUGAUUGAAGUGGUAGCGGAGCUGAGUCGAGGUCCUGUGUUUCUGGCGGGGGAGGCUCUGGAAUGUGUGGUGACUGUCACUAAUCCCCUGCCUCCGACCGCCACUUCUGCGUCCAGUGAGGCUCUGGCCUGGGCCAGUGCCCAGAUCCACUGCCAGUUCCAUGCCAGUGAGAGUCGGGUAGCACUGCCACCCCCUGACUCUAGUCAGCCGGAUGUCCAGCCUGACAGCCAGACUGUCUUUCUGCCACACCGAGGUGAGAGGGGUCAGUGUAUCCUUUCUACUCCACCAAAAAUCCUGUUCUGUGACCUGAGGCUAGACCCUGGAGAAUCCAAAUCAUACUCUUACAGUGAAGUGCUGCCCACAGAGGGACCACCUUCCUUCCGGGGUCAGUCCGUCAAGUACGUCUACAAAUUGACCAUAGGCUGUCAGCGGGUCAACUCACCCAUCACUUUACUCCGAGUCCCUUUGAGAGUUCUUGUGCUGACUGGUCUUCAAGAUGUCCACUUCCCCCAGGAUGAGGCUGUGGCUCCAUCUAGUCCCUUCUUGGAGGAGGAUGAAAGUGGGAAGAAGGAUUCGUGGCUAGCUGAGCUAGCUGGGGAGCGCCUCAUGGCUGCCACAUCCUGCCGCAGCCUCCAUCUAUACAAUAUCAGUGAUGGCCGAGGGAAAGUUGGGACAUUUGGUAUCUUCAAAUCUGUGUACAGACUCGGCGAGGACGUGGUGGGGACCUUAAACUUAGGGGAAGGAACGGUAGCUUGUUUACAGUUUUCAGUAAGCUUGCAAACUGAAGAGCGAGUGCAGCCUGAGUACCAGCGACGCCGAGGGACAGGAGUUGCCCCUUCAGUGUCCCAUGUGACUCAUGCCCGGCACCAGGAGUCCUGCCUACAUACAACUAGAACCAGCUUCUCCCUUCCCAUCCCUCUCUGCUCUACCCCUGGCUUCUGCACUGCCAUUGUGUCCUUGAAGUGGCGAUUGCAUUUUGAAUUUGUAACAUCCCGAGAACCAGGAUUGGUCCUUCUGCCCCCACUGGAAGAGCCUGAGCCUUCGACCUGGACAGGGCCUGAGCAGGUGCCUGUAGACACCUUCAGCUGGGACCUCCCCAUCAAAGUGCUUCCUACAAGCCCCACCCUGGUCUCAUACGCUGCUCCAGGUCCCAGCACCAGCAGCAUAACUAUCUGAAACUGCCUCACAUGCCCGCUGUGGCACUGGUUUUUUUCAAGAUACCGAGAACUCAACAGCUGGACUCCAGUGGGUCCCGCUUUUCCCACCUGGGGUUCAGUAACACAGGCAAUGAGAAACAGGCUUUCAGCUGUAGUAUUAAUUUAUUUAUUUGGAGUAAAUUGGCAGCUGCUAGUGGUUUCCCUGGAAGUGGCAGCAGCAGUGAGCAGCCAGCAUUUGGGCGAUUCUUUAGCUGGAGUGGGGAGCAGGAGCCCCAGGAACAGAGGUGUGAGCUGAGCCCCAUUCUAAGUUGGGUCCUCCGCCUUUGCAGGGCAGCCGAGGGUCAGAUUUUUGCACCAGGGAAAAUUGACAGGUUCCUGCCUCCUGGCGUACUUCACAGCCAGCAGGGAAGUCAAUGGGAUGCUGAGACCUAGAGAACCAAAGAUUGGGAGAGUCAGUGCAGUGAAAAGUCACCUCUACAGCCUGCCCUCCCACCUCAGACCAGCCCCCCAUCCUCCUCUAGUGUGCCCCGGCACUGUAACAGCGCUCUAUUCCCACAGAAGGACUUCUUAGUGUUCUAAGCAGGAGCACUUCUCUCCAGAUCUACCUCGACUCCCCUCUCAUUGGUGCCUUCACAUCUGCAGUCUCCCCAUACUCUUCUGUUUAUUCUUGCCUCACAGAAAUCUAGUUACUCUCUGGCCAUCCCCCAGUCACAUCACAGGCAUUCCCCCUGGCCACUCAUGGCCACUCACGUGUCACAGCAGCCCACACCAACAGGAUGCAGACAGGUACAAUGGAAACAGUCCUUGCGGAGCCAAGAUUCACCCAGAGUGAAAUAGUUCCCUUCAUAGUGGCAGGGGGCUGGGGAAGAAUGAGAAUGGUCUGGGUGGGAGAGAAUCUGCAUCACACCUCCACACAGCCCUUCCUUUUCCACGGGUGGAUCCACUGAGUACAGGGUCCCACCUCUGCCUUCACUACUGCCCUCCUCCUCCCCCAAGCAUCAGUCCUCCUUACCUUGAGCUUGGAAGUAACACUUGCCGUUAACUCCUGGGUGCUGGAGGAGCAGAGACACAACCAAGCACAUGAUCUUCCAGCCUCCCAGGGUUCCCUUGCUUUGUCCGGCCCAGAGCAUCCUUAGAGCCAUUCCUGCAGUUCAGCUUUCUCAGACCCUUCUUGGCUUUUGUUCAGAUUCCUCUGGUCUUAUCCCUUUGCUUUUCUUGCCUUGCUCCUGACUCUUGGGUUUCUCUCUCUUUGGGCUCUGGUCUCAUACCAUGGCAGUGCCCUCUCCUCUUACAGGCUGGGCAUGUUUAUAAAGUGAGGACCCUGGCCCCCUGCUGAGUAGAGCUGGACAGGCUGUAACUCUGUUUCCUGAGGUGAGGGCACGAAAACAAGAGGUCCAGCUUUUAACAAGCUGUGAGAGCUGAUUCAUGCCCCCACACAGCCAGGAGGGGGAGGUGGCCAUGGAAGGGGCACUGGACUGGGCACUUCCCCAGCCAGGAGGGGAGGGUUUAAGGCCCCAGGUGGUCCCCAGAUCUUGACCUGCAGAGAGGAAGCGUUCCAUCAACCCUCCCUCCACCAGCAGUGUGUGUGCUGGGAUCCCUGCCUGGACCGGAGGGAGGCAUUUCCUGGGGAUGGAUAAUCUUGUGCCCCAGCCAAACCAAGUUGCUGCAGAAGGGCGCAACUGCCAGAGACUCCAGGAGGGCAGGCAUCUGGAGUGGAGAGUGUGCUGCCUUCAGAGGCCAGGGCAGGGUUUCCCUGAUGUGUCUGGAAAAUGGCUGCCCUCAGCAUUGUGAGGAAAGGGGUUCAUCCAUAGGCAAUGCAAAGAUAAACUUUCUACUGUUUUGUUGUUUUGUUUCCUCGCAAAUGGACAUCAGAUGUAAGAUUGUCCCUGGCAAUGUUUCUGGCUCUCUCUCAAAGAGAAGUAUCUCCUCCAAGUAUCCUAACAAGCCAACCCACUUUCACAGAGGUGCCCCCUCUUUCCUCAUGAUGGAACAAGGCCUCACGGACUUCAGUCCUGUAAAGUGUGUUUCUGCAGGCUUGGGAAGUUGGCUGGGAUCAGACCAUGCCUGUACUCACGGGCCCUCUGACCCUGCGCAAGUCACUUCACCUCUGUCGUCUGGUCUCCUCAUCUGUAAAUACAGUAGAAGUGCUAGCUCAUGGGCUUGUCACGAGCCAGCACACGGGGUGUUCUAAGCGCCAUCUUUGACCCUUGGCCCUGAGAAAAUAGCCAUGGAUUGAGGCUAAAGCUCAAAAUGCUGAUGACGGCUGUUGUGCACAGCCGAGGGCUUCUGUUGUGGAUUGCACUCUCCAGGCCAACCGCUGUCUUCCACAUGCAUUCUCCAAGGUAGCCUAUUGCCUCCUUCAAGAACAGAUGUGGCCCUGGGAAUGUUUGGUUUCGGUCCUUGACAUCUGAAAUUCUUCAGACCUGCUUUGAAAGGUGAAGUUGCUGCUAAAGCUGCUUUUCUCACCUCAGUACCUUGGGAAGAGGGAUUGUGUCUUAUUUUCGGCUAACUUUAGGACUCUGUUUCUUCUUGUUUGGCUCCUGACCUCCCUACCCCCACCCCCAUCUUCUUAUGUAGGUUCCAAGUCUCCUUUGUGACCACUUGUAAUAAUAGUUUAGCUGUCAUUAAAGGCCUUGGUCAAACUGGAGUUUUCUUUCCCACAUUUCAAAGGCCCAACUGCUGUUCCAACUCUUCCUCUUCUGCUUGUAGGUCAUUGCUCUGGUUUUCAUUCAAGUCUGUAGCCCCAUUCACGUCACUGCACUCUCCAUCCCUAGCGCAGUGGAUAUAGCGGGCUUCUGGCAGGCUUUUUCAGAAGCCACCCUGCCUGUCACCUCUUCAUCCAGCAGCCAUGGCAGCACACUUCUCGCCUCGUAGCUAUCUUCCUCCAAGAUAGCUUUUGCCUUGGCUGGGGAUGUAGUUCAGUGGUGGAGUGCUUGCCUGCCAUCUCAAUGUUCUGGUCGCCAUUCCAAAAUUGAGUGAAAGAAAACGAGAUUUCCUUGCAGAGGGUGUCAAGAAAGAACAAAGGAGAGCCUAUCAGAGGACACCCAGGUAGGCUCCUGUGUUGGGGCAAGACCUUGACCCCUUGCUGUCUUGACUGCAGAAGGGAUUAAAAGAGAUCAAGAAGUCUGGUCAGUAGUUAACGUCUGGAACCUACCUGAAGGCUGAGCAUAGACUAUUUUCUGCAGUAACUAGAGACAAUGCAGAUGGGUAGCUGCAGAUCAUGGAGGCAGUGGAGGUACUGGAAAUGUGACCUGGUGGGCAUUGGUGCUUGAGCCAAGCCGAACUGCAAGAUGAGGCUUAGCUUCCUGGAAUGCCGAAGCAGGCAUGUGGCUGUGGGACCUUCAGGAAAGAGGCUGGGCUGAACAGGAUUUCUGUCUGAGGUUGCAUGGCCGUGUGGAGCUGGCUAACGGCCAGGGCAUUGGUGUGGAUGUGUCGGACGAUCAGUGGUUAGAGCCCAACUCACUGAGUCCCGGGAGAUCAGCCUUUGGGGCAAGGGGCGGGGCGGAGGUGGGGUGGGGGUUGGCACCAGCUGCUAUGCAGGGACAAGGAAAACAUCCGCUGGAGGUGGUCCAGAAUGUGGUCCGGCAGCGGUGCAGGGCAGGGGUGCAGGGUUAGGAAGUGAGCGCUUUCCGGGCUGAGUCACCCCAACCCUGACCCACUUUGCCCAGAUGGGAUGGAGCAUGGCUUUGGAGACCAUACCAUGACUCUAGAAGAUUUGGGGACUGGAGCCUGGGGUGGGGGUGAGAGGGUCUUGAAAAAGCCCAGCGGAAUCAUGGGAGGGGCUAUCCAGCUGUCACCACAGUGCAAAAUGCAAGAGCUCCUAAAUUCAUAGCUUGUGGCUGAAUAUAAGCAGUGAGGCAGGGUAGAGCUGGGAAACGUGAGGGGAAGGGCACGGGAAAGGCCUACAAAGUCUUCCUAGAGAGGAAGGUCAAGGAAAACUGGGAGGAGGUGGUGAUGCUCAGGCUGUUUGGUUAGGCUUCUGAGAACAAGGUGACCAAGUGUGCCAGCAGGUCGCACAGUGGGACAGUCCAGUGAGGCCUGUAGGAAGGAAGGCUCCAGGGAGUACUCAGGGUUAGAGUAUUUGGAUCUCUGCAGUGAACAGUUCUUGGUUCUAAAGAGGCUUUCUGUGCAGGAGAAACUACAUUGGGAUUGCUUAGGUGGACUCUAUCCAUGCUGGGCUGUGACAGCCAAGGUAAAGGAUAAUGUAAAACAUGGAAUUCUCUGUCUACUGUAGUCAACAGCUGUGCCCUCCAGAGUCUCAGAGUAAGGCCGAUGGGAUUGUUUCCUUGUAACCAGCCAGCACUGACAAGGCAGGAAGGUUGCUACAAGGAUGAGGAGGCCAGCUUGGGCUACAGAGUGAGACUUUUUUUUUUUUUUUUUAAACAUUUUGCUCUUACUAAAUCUUAAAAUCUUGAAUAAAAGUUGAAAAAUCAA